GCUGCGGGAGGCGCAGGAAGGAGGUGGAGCCAGCCAGGCAUCCUGCUUGCCUGCCUGCCUGCCUGCCUUCGGGAAGGGAGAGCCUCUUUGAUCCCUGCCAUGGCGGCGCGGGGGGUCCCUGGGCAUCUCCUGCGGCUGCUGCUGCCCAGGAGGAGGAGGAGGGAGGGCGCCUUCCUCCUCCCGGCGCCCGGAGCCUGGGGUCGCAGCCGGAGCAGCGCCAGCUCUGAAGCAACUAUUAUCUCAGGGAGAAAGUUGGCUGCCCAGGUCUGUGCGGAGAUACAAAGGGACUUAGAAGACUGGCUCACCCUCGGAAAGAAGAGGCCUCAUCUCACAGUUGUGGUUGUGGGGGACAACCCAGCCAGUCACACCUAUGUCAGAAAUAAAGUAAAAGCAGCAGCAGCUGUAGGCAUUUCUAGUGAAAUAAUUCUGAAGUCUAAAAAUAUUUCUCAGGAAGAGCUUUUAGAUCUAACUGCCAAACUAAGCAAGGAUUCAAGAGUCAGUGGCAUCUUAGUCCAGUUACCUCUGCCAGAACACAUUGAUGAAAGGACUGUUUGCAACACAGUUGCCCCUGAAAAAGAUGUGGAUGGAUUCCAUAUUUACAACAUUGGCCGACUGUGUCUUGACCAGCCUUCUGUUAUACCUGCCACUGCUGCUGCUGUUUGGGAAAUAAUAAAGAGGACAGGUAUACCAACAUUUGGAAGAAAUGUUGUCGUAGCUGGAAGAUCAAAGAAUGUUGGAAUGCCGAUUUCAAUGCUUUUGCAUACCGAUGGAGGACAUGAAAGGCCUGGAGGUGAUGCUACAGUGACAAUUACUCACAGAUAUACACCAAAAGAUCAGCUGAAGAUCCAUACGCAGCUUGCUGAUAUUAUAAUUGUUGCAGCAGGUAUUCCAAAGCUGAUUACUUCUGAUAUGGUUAAAGAAGGAGCAGCAGUGAUUGAUGUUGGUAUCAACCACAUCCAAGAUCCUGUCACAGGAAAGACCAAGUUAGUUGGGGAUGUGGACUUUGAAGAGGUGAAGAAGAAGGUGGGCUUCAUCACCCCUGUGCCAGGAGGGGUAGGACCAAUGACAGUUGCCAUGCUCCUGAAGAAUACAUUAAUUGCUGCAAAGAAGCUUAGUCACUAAAAUUUAGAUUCAAGUAAUUCUAUUUAUGGAUACACAAACAUUAUUUUUAUUACAGAUACAUUUAUUUCUAAAUUAAAUUGUAUUUAUUUAUUUAUGUAAGUAUAUUGUUUACAAAAUGUUACAAAACUAUUACUUACACUGCAAAAUAUGCAUCUGUUGACUUCAUGUAUGAAUUGGUGUGAUUUCCCAGUUGAUCCAAAACAAAUUUGAGUUGUGACUUUUUGUACAAUGUCGUUUGUUAGCAGGAGCAGUCUUCCAGAUGAAUGUGACAUGUGAAUCUGUGUUUCCAUCCUGUAAUGUCACUGUAGUGUAUGAUAAUAAAGGGCUCAUACCUUAGUAACCUUAUGCACAAAGGGGGAAAACCUCAA